ACCCGAACCAGACGGUGGCAGUAUUGCUCCCAAUGGUUAAUUAACAAAAACAUCGAAGAAGAAAGGGGAAGUGUUUGCCGAACCUUCGAAGGCGCUUGUCUCAAUUCUCCUGCAAAUUUGUUUUCGGUUCGUUGCCAAAACGUCGUACGCAAUGAGAGGGGACCGCGGCAGGGGUAGAGGAGGCCGCUUUGGGUCCCGUGGAGGAAUGGUCCAAGGGUAUCGUCCAUUUGUUCCACACAUCCCGUUCGAUUUUUAUGUGUGUGAGAUGGCCUUCCCCAGAGUGAAACCAGCACCUGAUGAGAGUGCUUUUAGUGAGUGUUUGCUCAAAAGAAAUCAAGACCUUAGUCCGACGCCGACAGAACAGUCGUCCAUCUUGUCACUGGUCACGAAGAUCAACAAUGUCAUCGAUAACCUGAUUGUUGCACCUGGUAAUUUUGAAGUGCAAAUUGAAGAAGUGCGUCAGGUGGGCUCAUACAAAAAGGGUACAAUGACAACCGGCCACAAUGUCGCUGAUCUGGUUGUGAUCCUCAAGAUUCUUCCAACAUUGGAGGCUGUUGCAGCCCUGGGCAACAAAGUGGUGGAUACUCUUCGCACCCAAGACCCUGCUGAAGUGCUGUCAAUGCUGACCAACGAGACAGGCUUUGAGAUCAGCUCAGCGGACGCUACUGUUAAGAUCCUCAUCACCACCGUCCCUCCCAACCUACGCAAACUGGACCCAGAGCUACACUUGGACAUCAAAGUUCUGCAAAGCGCCCUCGCUGCUAUCCGCCACGCCCGGUGGUUUGAGGAAAAUGCUUCUCAAUCCACGGUUAAAGUGUUGAUCCGCCUUCUGAAGGACCUCAGGCUGCGCUUCCCUGGCUUUGAGCCUCUCACUCCAUGGAUUUUGGACUUACUGGGUCAUUCUGCAGUGAUGAAUAAUCCAUCCAGGCAGCCACUGUCUCUAAAUGUGGCCUACAGGCGGUGUCUGCAGAUGUUGGCCGCCGGUCUCUUCCUGCCCGGUUCGGUGGGUAUCACUGACCCCUGUGAGAGUGGAAACUUCCGAGUGCACACAGUCAUGACUCUGGAACAGCAGGACAUGGUGUGCUUCACAGCUCAGACACUGGUGAGGGUCCUGUCACACGGAGGUUUCAGGAAGAUCCUCGGCUUGGAUGGAGAUGCUAGUUAUCUGGCUACCGAGAUGUCUACUUGGGACGGUGUGAUAGUGACCCCUUCCGAAAAGGCCUAUGAGAAACCCCCGGAGAGGAAGGAGGAAGAUGAGGCUCUGGAUGAAGGAGGGGAUGGAGAGGAUGACAGCAUGGAGACCCAGGAUUGACACAGAUGUAUGGCUCACUGUUAUUGUCUUAGUGAACUUAAAUGUUUUGUUUUUUUAUCCCCUCUUUCCAGUCUCUUGCUAAAUUUGAGAGCUGUUCAGAUGUUACCGGGACAAAAACACCAGCAGGAUUCUGAUUUUUGAUCACAUGUACAGAAAAAAAGAAUUGGCUACA